CGUAGCCGUAAUGGCGCUAGCUUCCACACGCAACAAGGGCCUGUUUAUUAUGGCUGGACCGCCGUCUCUUCCUUUCGUCCGCUGAUUGGCUGUGCUACUUCCGAAGCGGGACGCGAUUGGCUCAGGGACCUGUCGAUCAGAAGAGGAAUAGACGGGUACCCAAGACGGCAGGGUUGCGCGUGUGCCUUCCCAGGUCCUAGCAGCACCAUCCGGCGAGGGGGUGAGGACGCUGGCCGCCUGUUUUAUGACUGCAAGGAACACUGGAUGUUUUUAUUUUGAUUUUUUCUUCACUGGAUAUACAUGCCCGCGAUAUUGAGCGCAGGAAAGCGGCACGCCGGCGAACGAGCACAGCGUUAUCGAUGGGGAAGAUAAGUUGAAGGCUUCGGAAGAAUGUUUUCCUUGUUUCGGGAAAACGGAUUGCUCCGUUGAUCAACGUGAUGGGUGUUUCGAGGGGAUUUUGACAUUUGGAGCGGAUCUGGAGCUAUCCAUCUACAGCUUCGGGCUCGAGCGCAACUGAAAGCGGCAACAGAGCGCCAUACUGCAAAACAAGCUUCCCGGAUCGAUACAGUGUAGCAGUCUUUUCGCACGGGAGAAUUGCGCGUUUUCAUGUAAAUGUAAACAAGUAAGCUGGCGAGCAAGUACCAAGUCAGCAACGGUGGCCUGAUUGAGAUCCACGUAACUUCUGCAAACUGCAUGCAGCCCUGGCGGUGGAAACAGGGCUGGAUGAGCCCAAAAUGGCAAAUAUGAAGAAAUCUAAAAGAUGAAUGUUGCAUUUCCCCCGUAACUUGUACUAUCCACCUAAUUUCCCUUUCCACAGAAGCCCGAGUUUCGAGCGAAGCAAGGUGCUCCUCAUGCCUCCAACAUGAGGGAGAUUUAAGGCCGUGCGGAAUUGAUUUAUUAUGGGGGGAGCGCAUUAUUUUGAUUUGAUCCCUCUCUCCUUUUUUACUUUUCUUUUGUUUACCCUCCGCGAGGGCUUUCUCGGAUGUCCGCGGUUGUCAUUUUGCUAGUUUGCGACGUAUAACGCGAAAGAUCCUCCGAAGUAGGUCAGAUCAAAGCUGGAGAGUUGUUAGUAUGACACCUUUUCACGCUCAUCUCGAUGUACGCCGGACAUUUCUGCUUUGAUUUGACCCGUCGUUUGGCUCGAUGACAGCCAAAUGAGAGUUUGACAUCUCGGCAGCCUCCCUCUCCAUCUCGUUCGCCUCUUUGUUUUGUUUUUCCACCUCUCAUUUCGGGCUGUUGAGCGAGCGAAUGGCUCUGUGCGGAACGACGGCUUCCAAUGCCGCGAAAAUGAUGGCUGCGUACAACGGCGGCACCGCGGCAGUGGCAGCGCAUCACCCGCACCAUCACCACCAGCUGCCCCAUCUCCCACCACCCGCCCACCUCCACCACCAUCACCACCCGGGCCAGCAUCACCUCCAGCACCCCGGCUCGGCCGCCGCCGUGCACCCCGUGCAGCAGCACGCCUCCACGGCCGCGGCCGCCGCUGCUGCCGCUGCGGCGGCGGUGAUGCUGAACCCGAGCCAGCAGCAGCCGUACUUCCCCUCGCCCGCUCCCGGACAAGCUCCGGGGCCGGCGGCCGCUGCAGCCCCAGCGCAAGUUCAAGCCGCCGCCGCCGCCGCCGUGAAGGCGCAUCACCACCACCACCAACACUCGCAUCACUUACAGCAACAGCUGGAUAUAGAGCCGGACAGACCGAUCGGAUACGGAGCUUUCGGCGUGGUUUGGUCAGUGACAGACCCCAGAGAUGGCAAACGCGUGGCCCUCAAAAAGAUGCCCAAUGUCUUCCAAAACCUCGUCUCCUGCAAGAGGGUUUUCCGCGAGCUGAAGAUGCUUUGUUUCUUCAAGCACGACAAUGUGCUGUCAGCUCUGGAUAUUCUGCAGCCUCCACACAUCGACUACUUUGAGGAAAUUUAUGUGGUGACAGAGUUGAUGCAGAGUGACCUCCAUAAGAUCAUCGUGUCUCCACAGCCCCUGAGCUCUGACCACGUCAAAGUCUUUCUCUACCAGAUCCUCCGAGGACUGAAGUAUCUACACUCAGCUGGUAUUUUACACAGAGACAUUAAACCCGGCAACCUGUUGGUCAACAGCAAUUGUGUGCUUAAGAUUUGUGACUUUGGCCUGGCGAGAGUGGAGGAGCUGGACGAGUCGCGUCACAUGACCCAGGAGGUGGUGACGCAGUACUACAGAGCGCCAGAGAUCCUGAUGGGGAGCAGGCACUAUUCCAACGCCAUCGACAUCUGGUCUGUGGGCUGCAUCUUUGCCGAGCUGCUUGGCCGACGCAUCCUCUUCCAGGCCCAGAGUCCCAUCCAACAGCUGGACUUGAUCACAGAUCUGCUGGGGACUCCGUCUCUGGAGGCCAUGAGGACGGCGUGUGAGGGAGCCAGAGCUCACAUCCUGAGAGGACCACAUAAACAGCCCUCACUUCCUGUCCUGUACACCCUGUCCAGUCAAGCAACCCAUGAGGCCGUUCACCUCCUCUGCAGGAUGUUGGUCUUUGACCCAUCAAAGCGGAUCUCUGCGAAGGAUGCCCUGGCACAUCCGUACCUGGACGAAGGGCGUCUGCGGUACCACACCUGCAUGUGCAAAUGCUGCUACACCACUUCCUCUGGCCGCGUCUACACCAGUGACUUUGAGCCUGUCACCAACCCCAAGUUUGACGACGGCUUUGAGAAGAACCUGACGUCAGUUCGGCAGGUCAAAGAGAUCAUUCAUCAGUUCAUCCUGGAGCAGCAGAAGGGGAAUCGGGUACCGCUCUGUAUCAACCCCCAAUCAGCUGCCUUCAAAAGCUUUAUCAGCUCAACAGUAGCUCAGCCCUCUGAGAUGCCUCCAUCUCCUCUGGUUUGGGAGUAGCUGAGGACAGCGGAGAAGAUGGCAUGACAAACAGCGGCGGUGGACAUCCCUCUGGCGGCCCGUCCCAUGUCCACCCCUCGCCCCCUGGACUACUGACCCCCAGGCAUCCCCAAACCUGCGUAGCAUUUCACUGGAGUCUAGGACUAGCCAUGUCGCUGAUAUGUGUGUGUGUACUGUAAUACUUACUAAAUGGAGUUUUAUAGAAGCAACCACUGCUGAUGAGUUCAAGCGGGACACGGGACGGGUGGGCAUGGUCACGGGGGGUCCGUUCGUACAUACCCACUGCUCUGCAGUAGUGUACUAAAGGUUCGUGAAGGGUAUGAACCUGUACUUUCAGCAGACGAAGUCGACCCCUGUGGACUUGAAUGUAUUUUGAACAGCAGGGCGGCAGAGUCUGUGCGGUAUCCCUGAAGGAAAACUCAUCACAACUACAUGUGCGAGUAAUCACGCUUUAUUUAUUCAUGGAAACAGGAAGUGCAGUGCUUCAUGUAGUACGGAAAGAAGGCGAGUUCCUCCGAAUCCGUCUUUCGCUCAUGCUAGAACCGGGGGCGAAAAAAAAAACGCUGUCCUCAUUAGUAGCCUAUUUGUUAGGCCCAUCCAUAGAAAUUUGUGAAUUUAGGUAACGGCCAUUGUGAAAGGUGCGGUCACAUUAACCGCUGCUCCGAAUUUCAUGCUCGACAUCGAAUCGUUUCAGGAAUCCGUUUUGAAGAAAACUCCUGAUGCAGAAGUAGUUGGUCAUGUAAAUUUGUCGCGCCGACCGACAGAAAGCUGCCUCAUGCAUAACUACUAUUUUGGGUGACAAAAAAAAGUGGAAAAAUCGUCAGCGAAACUGAAAUAUCGCUAGUGUGACCGCAUCUUACGAACUGUGACCACUCGUUCGGCUAGAGUGAGCUGCUCAUUGCAUUUAUUGCCUUCAACGGCGGUGUGAUUUUUACGACUUUUCUUCCAUUUUUGCUGUCGUCUGCACUCUUCCUUUCUUUCUCUAUCGAUCUAUCUUUGUUCGUAUCUCGCUUUCCGUCUCAUAUUCAACUCUUCAAAUCAGUAUUCCUUAGCGCAGCACUUGGCAGAGAUACUGAUUCGUAGGCUUCUCUUAGUACUCCUGAAUGUGGAUGUGUUGUGUCAGUAUUUAGUACUUCGGAUCGGUGACUGAGCGGCACAACGACUAGAAAAGGAUCCAAAGCAUGCAAGAUCGGGCCGAGGGAAAAUGCUCCUUUUUUUUUUUUUUUUUUUGCGAAGGAGACUUUGUGAGCGUGUCCAGAAAUCUCGCAGGUGCUUGUCUCCAAUCGAGACUGAAAACCCAACUAGCAUGUAGCGAAACGAUAUGGGGAGAUUUGCGUUUUCAGAUGAACCCUGCUCUCCCUGAUGGAGUAUGUAGAAUAGCAUGCAAACCAAAUUAAAGGCUAAAAACUAAAAAAAAAAAAGGAAAUAAAUAAAUAAUAAAGAAAUGAUGGGUUGAGCUGUUGGUCAACCGAACCAUUC